CCAAGGAAACCCAGGGGUUUUAUCUCUCGGGAAUUCGGGCUCCCCUCGGCAUAGACGGUGGCGAUCGUGGGAGGUUCUGGUACCCAGGCGAACUAUGACCUGACCCCAGUGCAAAAGCUCUUUAUACCGCGCAGCCAACCUCACCCUCGCCCCCAACAAAAUCUUUAAUUUUGGUCGGGGGAGAAAGCAGAAGUUAGCCCACGUCCUCUCCAAAAGCCCUCGGGACCUGGAUUCGGCUCGCGAGCGAACCCUGGUGUUGGAAAGAACAACAGUCAGGAUCAAGGUGGCUCAGCGGCUGUUGCAGGUGCACCAGGACUCCUGGGUUUGCUGGGGAGUAGGGGCCUGUGGUCACGGAGAAGAGCUUCUCUCCGUUUAGCAUUCACCUCUCGAUUUGGAGUCUGACGACCCUCCUUGGGGGGUCUGCACGGAGGCCACGCUCUGGCCGUCAUGGGGCUGAGGCUUCCCCUUCUGGUGGCGGCGCUGGCCAGCUGCGUGCUUCCGGCCCCGGGCUGUGUCAUUUGUGAUCAAAGGGUGCAGCAGGCGAUACAGUCUCUGGAGAGGGAGUACCUGCCUCGUCACCUGCCUCCAGAUAAACACAAACCAUUUAUGGACGACGUAAAGGAAAUGCUGAGGGAUUACAAGGACUGGCCAAUCAACAAAAAUGUCUCUAUGAGGGCCAUUGAUGAUGCCACACAGGAAAGGGCAGUUUUGAUUUUCCUGAAGGAUCUGAAAACCAUCACAGACAGUGGCGCAAGUGGCGAGCUUUUAACAAAUGAAGUCACCUGGAUGUUGGAGCUGGGAAAGGAAAACUUUGCCCGCCUUGCUAUUCAGUUCCAAAAUGAAGAUUUUUGUCCCAACGAGUGUGGUCUCAUGUUGCAGUCUCUGCUCUUGUGUGACACCUGCACGAAGAAACUUCAACUUUGCAAAAAGAAGGACUUUUGCGGGGAGCGCAAAAUCACUAUCCAUGAGAUGGAAGACUUGAUCCUGGACUGUGAGCUGAACUGGCAUAAACUUUCUAAAGGCUUGACGAAUUACAGAUUUUUCAGGGUUACGCACGUCUACACUGAGAACUUCUUGUCCGAGGGGAAAAACCCCAUUCUGACCAAGCCCAUGGCGACAAAGAGUGAUGCAGGUUAUUACGUCUGCGAUCUGGGCCUCAAGGGAUAUGGCCAGGCCACGUUCAUGGGUUUUCGCGUCACAGUGUUGCCUAGAAGAGUCACCCCGGAGGUUCCGGUAGACAUCGACUUGCCAAAGGACGGGUUCCCGGAUGGUGUGGGUAACCCCCAGCAGCCCAACACCACCACCGCCGCCACCACCACCACCACCCAGAUCCCACCGACACCAUCUUCGAAGAAUAUGCUGAAAGGCCGCUUGGUAGGGCUGCUGAUCUGCGCCACUGUCGUGCUGAUCGCCGGCAUUGCGACCGCGAUACUUUACUUUCACUCUGGGAAGUUCAUCGAUUUCAUAAAGACUUGCCAGUUUGGUGGUGGCAGUGAAGAGGAUGAUGAACCUGAGCUUUCAAAGAAAGAGUCAGAAGAUUUAGGGGAAAAAUAAAAAAUGUAUCUAGUUAAGUAACUGACUCAUUUUUCUAGACUGAUUCUCACUUUUGUGUCCCCGAGAGGAGAGCU